AUGCUCUCUUCUCUGACCUCGUGGUCUGCGGCAUCGCUGCUCCUCGCGAGUCUUGUCCCGACUGCCCAUGCUGCCAUCGACAAGAUCAACGCCGUUGGUUCCAAGUUCUUCUACGAGAAUGGCACUCAGUACUACAUGAAAGGCAUCGCCUAUCAGCUCGUCCCCGAUGACCCGCUCAUUGACACGGAUCAAUGCAAACGCGACAUCACUCGCAUGUCCGAGUUGGGCGUCAACGGCAUCCGAGUAUACCAUGUCGAUCCCACUGCCGACCACACUGGCUGCAUGAAUGCGUUUGCGGAUGCGGGCAUUUACUUGUUUGUCGAUCUCGACACCUUUGACACUCAGAUCGAGCAGACCCACCCCGAGUGGACUCAGAGACAGUUUGACCGAUUCAAGGCUGUCCUCGAUGAGUUCCAAAAGUUCGACAACACCGGUGGCGUCUUUGUCGGCAACGAAGUCAUCACGACCAAGGAGGGAUCCGCCGCUGCUCCGUAUGUCUUGGCCGCGGCCCGUGAUAUCAAGGCUUAUCGCGACCACAAGGGGUACCGUCCGGUCCCCGUCGGAUACUCUGCCGCGGAUAUCGCCGAACUCCGUCCCAUGCUCCAGGAAUACCUGGCUUGUCGCAAGGAUCCUCGUGAUCGUCUGGACUUUUUCGGUCUGAACGCCUAUGAGUGGUGUGGUGCCUCGGGCUACAUCCAGUCUGGUUACAACAUUCUCCAGAAGAAUGCCUCGAACUAUCCAAUCCCCAUUUUCUUCUCCGAAACCGGCUGCAACACUCAUCGUCCCCGCACGUUUGACGACCAAGCGGCCAUCUUUGGUCAUGAGAUGGGAGACACCUGGUCUGGCUCCAUUGUCUACGAGUGGAUCGAGGAGACCAAUGACUACGGUUUGAUCAGCUACGGGCCCUCUGUGAAGGGUGCCGCUCCGACCAACACUCUGAUUCAGGACGGCUUCACUCGCAAGGGCACGCCGACACCGGUCCAGCCAGACUUUGACAACCUCAAGAAGCAAUGGGCCACCUUGCACCCGACUGGCAUUGCUCUUGCGGAGUACGCCAAGUCGACCGCGACCAUCACGCCGCCUCAGUGUCCGUCGUCGACUGCCGAUGGUUGGUCCGUGGAUCCCAGCGCUUCUCUUCCUACUCUGGGUCAGACGUACAGUGCGACAGCUACCAGCCGUACCUCCGGAACUGACCUCCAGACUGCUACGGCAAUUGUUACCGUCUCUGCCACGUCGUCUGCAGCUGCAGCAGCCACACCUACCAAGGAGAAUGGCGGCCGUGUUGUGGGAGUUGAUAUGUCGAUGCUUGGUUUGGUUGGUGCGGUAGCUUGGUGGCUUUAG